AAAUAAAAUUACGUAACGUAAUUCAAAAUAAUUUCUAAUUAAUUUCGUUAAUUGAAUUUUGUUUAAAUUAUCAAUUAUAAAUUUUACUUUAAAAUUUCUAAGAAUCGAUUCUAAGAAUCUAAGCAUCUUUUAUUGUUAUUUUAAGUAAAAUUUUAACAGAGUAAGUUUAUUACUUUAGUGAUACGUAUUUUUAAAAAAAAAAAACUCUAAUUUAAAGAGAAAGAAAAAAAUGGCCAAAUGGGGCGAGGGUGAUCCACGUUGGAUUGUCGAGGAAAGACCUGACGCUACAAAUGUCAAUAACUGGCAUUGGACGGAGAAAAAUGCUUGUGCUUGGUCACAAGAUAAAAUAAAGGAAUUAUUUACAAAUUUAACAAUUGAAGGAGAUGACAUAAAGUGUAUUAUAAAUAGCGUGGAUAAAUGCGAAGGAGAAGCCAUAGCAAAUAAUAGAAAAGGAAAAUUAAUUUUCUUCUACGAAUGGAAUAUAGUUCUUAAAUGGAAAUUACUUGAAAACGAAAAAAAAAUCGAGGGGAAAAUUAACAUUCCUAAUCUUUCCGAGGAGAACGAUAUUUCCGAAGUAGAUAUCGAAAUAACUUUGAAAGACAGUACCGAUGAGGGCGAAAAAGUUAAACAUUUUUUGCACACAAAGGGAAAGGAUAUUAUUAGGGAAAAUCUAAGUAAAUACGUCUCUUCAUUGAAAGAAGAAUUCUCGAAAGGAAUGAUUCUUCCCAAGAAAAGCGAAAUUAAAGAAAGUAUUUCCAAUAUUACAUCAGGUUUUAAUGUUAAGAUGCAAAUGAAUUCGGCCAUAGUAUCAAAUAAUAAAGGAAAUGGCUGUAAAAUUAAUACCACAACUAUUAAACAACAACAAAAAUUCCAAUGUAGAGCACAAGAUUUUUAUAAUGCAUUUACAGUACCCGAGAUGGUGCAAGCCUUUACCAAAGGUCCAGUAAAAUUAGAUCCAAAAAAAGAGGGAAAAUUUGAAUUAUUCGGUGGCAAUAUUCAUGGGGAAUUCAUUGAACUUUCGCCAGCGAAAAUUGUUCAAAAAUGGCGUUGUAAACAAUGGCCCAAUGAUCAUUUUAGUGAAGUUACACUUAAUAUUUCAGAAAAAAACGAUCACACUGAAGUUAAUCUAACACAACGAGGAGUUCCAACCAGUGAAGAAGAUUCAACAAAAGAAAACUGGGAACGAUAUUAUUGGAAUUCAAUUAAACAAACUUUUGGUUUUGGAUAUUUCAUGUGAUUCUUUCUCUCUCUCUCUUUUUUUGUAUUUAUUUCCUAUAUUGAUAAGUAGUCUUUUUUUUAAAAAAAAGAGAAGGGACAAAGAAGCUACAAAUUCUGCCUAAUUUCUUAUUUUUUAACGCGCGCAUAAUGUAAUCAAAAAAAGAAUUCAGUAACUAAAAAAGUAAUCACAAUGGAAGAUGUAUGAUUUUCAAAAAUUAAAAAAAUAUUAAAAAUAUUUCAAUAAUGAAUUUCA